UCAGAUGCGGAAGGCAGCGCGAAGGUCUCCCGCCUCCACAGUUCCGCGCGCUGCCAUUGUGUCAUUCAUUCAAAUCUUCAGACUGGACCGGUCCACCUGUCUGCGACCCGCGAUCACUGAUAACGAAAAACAUCAACGGAAACAACAGCAUGUCUUGUAAAUACAGUCGACCUGCCGACCGCGGCCAUGCUGUGGCCAUCAUCAUCUUUGUGCUCGGUCUGGGAACUCUUCUGCCCUGGAACUUCUUCAUGACGGCCUCUCAGUAUUUCAACGGGCGUCUCGCAGGUGAUAACACCCCCAACAGCACAUCAGGCAUUGCUGCUAAAGACUACAAUUAUGACAGUUGGAUGGCCUUGCUUUCCCAGCUGCCCCUGCUGCUGUUCACCCUGCUCAACUCUUUCCUGUAUCAGUGGGUGAGGGAGGGUCUCCGCGUGGCCUCCAGCCUGAUCGUCAUCUUCCUCCUCUUCUCCGUCACCGCCGCUCUGGUCCCGGUGCACAUGCAGCCAGAUACUUUCUUUUCCGUCACCAUGGCAACCAUCUGGUUCAUCAACGUGUUCAGUGCGGUGCUGCAGGGCAGUCUGUUCGGGAUGGUCGGCCUGUUUCCUCCACGAUACAGCACUCUGUUCAUGAGCGGUCAGGCUCUGGCCGGGAUCUUCGCUGCACUCGCGAUGCUGUUCUCCAUCUUAAGUAACGCUGAGAAAGACUCGGCUGCGUUGGGAUACUUCAUCACGCCGUGUGUCGCCACUCUGGGGACUCUGCUGUGUUACCUGCUGCUGCCACACCUGGAAUUUGCUCGUUUUUACCUGAACAGAAGUCAGUCUGAAAAGGAGGAGACGAUGCAGGAAAUCCUCAACAGUACAGACAAAAAAGUGUUGAACAACGGCAAAGACCUUGAGGCCAACGGGAUGCUCACCAGUGAGGCAGAAGAGUGUCAGGAGCGUUCCUCCGUCCUGGCUGUCUUCAAGAAGAUCUGGCUGAUGGCUGCGUGUGUGACGUGUGUGUUUGCCGUCACCCUGUCGGUGUUUCCCGUGAUCACAGUCCGAGUGCAGACGGUCUACACGGACAACGCCGCCUGGAAGAAAGUGUUUACCUGUGUUUGCUGCUUCAUCGUUUUCAACGCCAUGGACUUUGCCGGCCGCAGCACCCCGUCUCUCGUCCAAUGGCCUUCGAAGGGGAGCGUUCUGUUUCCUGCCGCUGUGCUGUCCCGUCUGCUCUUCAUCCCUCUGCUCAUGUUGUGCAACGUCCCGAACUCCAAUCUCACCAUCCUCUUCCGUCACGACGCUGCCUUCGUCUUCAUCAUGGCCCUGUUCUCCUUCUCCAACGGAUACUUGGCGAGCCUCUGCAUGGCCUACGCUCCACAGUUGGUGCGGAGUAAGGACUGUGAGACAGCCGGCUCUCUGAUGACCUUCUUCCUCGUUCUGGGUCUGGCUCUGGGAGCGUCGUUCUCCUUCCUGCUGGGAAAAGCGGUUUAGACGACUGGGACGAGCAGUUUCAUCCUGUCAAGUCAAAAAAAUGGUGCUAAUUCAUAUGCAUCCAAGUAAAAGCACUUUGUAUUAGAACAAUUAUUCUGUGAGCAUCUUCAGAAUAGUGAAGGCUCAUAUUUGUGCACCAGUAUAAACACGUCUGCUUCGUUGUUUACAGAGCCCCUCAGAAAGCAAAGCAUUUAAAAA